CCAGAAUCUUCCCUCCGUGAUCAAGCACCCGGGUCUGGACGAGUGAGGCCGGCCCCAUGUAUCCGGAAUCCACCACUGGCUCCCCAGCUCGGCUCUCCCUGCGACAGACGGGCUCCCCCGGCAUGAUCUACAGUACUCGGUAUGGGAGCCCCAAAAGACAGCUCCAGUUUUACAGCGGCCGCUCCCAGGCCGGGUGGUACCAUGUUGUCCAUGACGUACAGCGAGAGCCUGCGGAGCGUGAGCAGCAGGUGUCACUCGGACUGGGCCCUGCACCCCGUCCGCCAGACCGACACGCUGGAGCUGCAGCGGCUGCGGGAGGUGCGGGUGGCCGCGCAGGCCAGGAACAUGGAGAGCUUCCUCCGCAUGCACGGCCUCUCCCUGGACGGCUGCACCGCCCAGCGCACCGGCAUGAAGUACCGGAACCUGGGCAAGUCAGGCCUGCGGGUCUCCUGCCUGGGGCUCGGGACAUGGGUGACCUUUGGAGGCCAGAUCACCGACGAGGUCUGAAAGCCUCCCUGGAGCGGCUGCAGUUGGAGUACGUGGACGUGGUGUUUGCCAACCGCCCGGACCCCAACACUCCCAUGGAAGAGACCGUGCGCGCCAUGACCCACGUCAUCAACCAGGGGAUGGCCAUGUACUGGGGCACAUCGCGCUGGAGCUCCAUGGAGAUUAUGGAGGCCUAUUCCGUGGCCCGGCAGUUCAACCUGAUCCCGCCCAUCUGUGAGCAGGCAGAGUACCACAUGUUCCAGCGCGAGAAGGUGGAGGUGCAGCUGCCCGAGCUCUUCCACAAGAUAGGAGUGGGCGCCAUGACCUGGUCCCCUCUAGCCUGCGGCAUCGUUUCUGGAAAGUACGACAGUGGCAUCCCACCCUACUCCAGAGCCUCCUUGAAGGGCUACCAGUGGCUAAAGGACAAGAUCCUGAGUGAAGAGGGCCGGCGCCAACAGGCCAAGCUGAAGGAGCUGCAGGCCAUCGCCGAGCGCCUGGGCUGCACCCUCCCCCAGCUGGCCAUCGCCUGGUGCCUGAGGAACGAGGGGGUCAGCUCCGUGCUCCUGGGUGCUUCCAGCGCAGACCAGCUAAUGGAGAACAUUGGAGCAAUACAGGUCCUUCCCAAACUGUCGUCUUCCAUCAUCCAUGAGAUUGAUAGUAUUUUGGGCAAUAAACCCUACAGCAAAAAGGACUACAGAUCCUAAGGCGUGCGGCCAUUCACCUGGACAGUUUCCGUUUCCCUUCUAGUCUCUGUUCGCCCGCUUAAGCUAUUUUGAAGCCAAAUCAAGAGUGUGGUUUGCAUCAAAAACACAACAACACACCAAGACGUCAUCGGGAAAAGAUCUCAAACGUCGCUGCCACCCGCCACCCACUGCUUCGCAGGACCGAUGCCGGAUGCGUGCCGGGGCGUCGGCCUUGAUUCCAGGGCGUCGGCCUUGAUUCCAGGGCGUUGGAGCGGUCCUACCCAAGCCCGCCGCCUCUGCUCACCCUCCACGAAGAAACCACCUCGUUAUCGCCCAGCCACACCGCGUCUCGGAAACUCGGGUCCAGGCCAGGGCGAGACCAGCUGGGGCCUCGCCUCUGCCGAGAACCCCACCUGGUGUCAGGGAGGGGAAGAGGAAACUGGCUCUUCCCAUUGCCCCUCGGCUGGGCUGUGGACUUGGGGGCGGGCCUCCCACUGGGGUCUCCUUCAACCUCCCUCCUGCCAAGGGCUCCAGGUCGUUUCCAGCGGGCCUGACCUCAGAUUCCUCCCCCAUCCCCUCCUCCACCGCCACCUGCCCCAGUAGGUCUCUGAGGGGCCUCCUGAGCUGUCCUUUGACCCCCACCCCCACCCUUGCUGGCAGGGGCAGGGAUCCAGGGGGAUUCACUCCGUUUGGGACCCACAAAAAGCUUGGGGGUCUGAUUUCAAGCUCAUCGCCCCACUUCUUCCUUCUUGCACUCAAUUGUUGAGCCCCAACGCCCAGAGUGCCCGGAGCACUCGAGUGGGGCCUGAGGAUUGAGCUCCAGCCCAGGGCCCCCCAGAGCUCCACCUGCCUCCCCGCCAGGUGCUCCGUCUGCUGCCCCCCGUCCUCACCCCUGAAGGAGGUCAUGCGUGCUUAGCUGGGCUGUGACUGCUGACCACACCCGGGGUGGCCGGCCUCUGCCCUGCCCUGCCCAGGGUGAGGGCCUUGAGUUCUGCAGACAGAACACACUUAGACCCAUUCAGUCAGGGAGGGUCCCUGGAAUUUUGUGUCCCAUGCCCGGGGACUGGGAGACCUGCACACACAGCAGCAGCCCCCACCGCCUAGGAAAAGACCCUGGGAGCCUCUCCCCAGAGCAGUGUCCUCUGCAAGGCCUCAGACAAGGUGGGGUGAGGUGCCCUGUCUUGGGUGCUCAGGGCUUGUUACCAAGGUAGACGGGCAGUAGUGUUACCCCCAGGACAUCUCCCGACCCCACAAAGAGGGAGGGGUGGCUGGGGUGGGUCAUUUCAUCCACGGCCCCCGGCCUGGAACAAGUUGGGGACAGGGAGGGAGGGCAGGACAUUCAGAACCAUCAGCCUCUUUGCAGCUGGCCUGGAGCUGCAGGGAGAGAGGAGGGGAGGGGGCCGCAGCCCGGAGGCCCAGCCCCCUCGGUCCUGAGCGGCACCCCAGCCGUUGCUGGCUGUGUAGGGACCGGAGCCAGGCUCUACAGGCGCACCAGCCCACUGUGCAGGGGCAGCCCCGCACCCGCACGCCCACCGCUGGGCAGACACACCCGUCCUGCUUUGCCCUUCGGAGGGGGUCCUCCCCGCCCAGCCCCGGCUCAGCCGAGGCCUGAGGAACCAGCUCUGAGAAAGCCACAAGGGCGGCCGGGGGCACGUUCCUGCACUUCUGACCUUUGUGCUGCCCCCGGAGUCUAGAAGCUUCUUCUUAGACCAGGCCCUUGGGGUCUUCCUCACCAAGUCUCCUGCAAGUUUCACCCUGUAGGUGUAAGGAGGGGACAAGCCUAUCCCAACAGAGCCCCCAGCCUGCGGCUACUCCAGCCAUCAAGCGAGUGGGGGGUUUAGCUCUGAGGACAGGACGCUGCAACAGGGCGACUUUCAUCCCAGGCCCGCCAGGUGAGGACCAGGUGCUCUGGGCCAUGCUCAGGGUCCAGACCACCCGCCCCUCACUGGAGAGAGCAGCUGGGCCCCCUCCCCACUGCUGCCCGCCUCGUCCACCCACUGUUGGAAGAGGGACAAGGGCUUGCAAUCGGGCCCGAGGUCAGGGCUGCCGCCCCCCGACCCCAUGAGCCACACCCGGGAAGGCCAAGCCCCUGCUGGCUGCAUUUUUCCCAGACAGAAGGAGACAAGGGCCCCCAGCGUCGAGCUCUGCCAAGGCCGAGAUGCCCAGCACCAGGACCCGAGCAGCUUCCUGGCCACAGCCUGGUUCUGAGGUGUCCUGUUUUCCUCAACACCCCUUUGCAGGGAGCUGGGGCUCUGCUCCCUGAGGGAGGGUCAGUCCCCUGACUUAGGAGGGGGCUGGAGUAGGGAAGGGGUGGAGGGGAAGUAAGAGCCUAGGAAAAAGAAGAGUUGGGCAGAGGCAGGCCCUGGAGGGCAGCGUGGGCUUGAGGACAGCCAGCUUCGCCCCACCUGGUCACCCCAGAAGCCCCAGGCACCUGCCAGCCAGCCCCUCACCCUCCCCUUGAAGCAGUUUGCCCCCAGGUGUCAUCUGGGCGUGCCCCACACAGGAGGGAGGCCCGGGACCAGUCUUCCUUACCAAUGACUCCUGAAGCCCCCAACAUCUCUCAUCCCAAAUCUGACAAAUUCGAGGUCCGGAGGACAACAGAAGGGCUUGCUCUGUCUUCUGCUCUCUCCAGUCAUGUAAAUAACAUGCUACUUUUUCUCUCCCCCCUUUUUUUUAAUGACUGGUUCCUCAGCUAACUGCAUCCCCUACGUAGGCAGAGAUGCUAUACGCCUCGCGCUUCCAAAUGACACUCAGCGGAGACACAGCGCCGUAUUUAUGGAAUGACAAAAUAAACCCUAGCCCGUUGGGGUCUGCUCCUC